CUUGCUUUUGCGCCGUGAAGCUUCUUUGAACAGUUUUUAUAUUUGUUUGGAUUGAAUUGGAUCGAAUUGAUUGCUUAUAAUGAAUCUGGAGGGCAUUUCGAUGGUAAUUAAGCUGUUCGAAGACAACGUGCACAACCUUCAAGGGAAUCUGCGCUCCUACCUAACCCAAGUGAAGCUAAUUCAAACGGAGCUCACGAAAAGAUGGACGCAUGCAGAUCGGAUGGACAGGAGUCUCAUCCCACUGCACGAUCACUUGGUGGGCAGUCUCAGCGAAGUUAAUGCUCAUGUAAUGAAGCUGAAUCUGCAACUACAACUCAACCGACAGUCUGCACAGCUGACAGAAGAUGAAACCUCCGUAAGAUCCAUCGAUAAUCAGGAUUCGUCGAUUCACUCUGGUUUGCAAGCGAACGAAGGGAUUGCUAAAAAGGAUUGCCAGUCCUUGGAGCCGGCCUCCGUGGAAUCCUGCACUGAAGAGUCUUCGCUGGAGAUGCCCGUUGAUCUGUCUGUACGCGUGGUUGUGCAGGAAGCCUCUUCGACAAAACAGCUCGACGAGAUUUCGGUGGUCAAUGAAACCCUCUCAGAAAAGUGUCAACCACCUUUUGCAAUAUCCAACGAAAAAUCCAAUUACAGGGAAUCACAUGCUUAUUCUCAAAAUUCUGCCCAGUCUAUCGAAAGGGAUCUCUCCCAACUACGAAUAGAAGAGAUCCCAUUGGCCUCAAAGACUGUCCCGGAAACUUCAAAGACUAACAAUCCAGGGCCCCCUUGCAACCAGUCCCUUCCGGUUGUGAAACAAGAAACUCAAACAAUAAGCACAGGUGUCUCAAACAAAAUCUCCAAGAACUCCUCUAACUUACCCACCAGCUGGCUGCUUGAUAAUGUUACUCUGGAACCUACUUCAACUACCGAAAAAAUUCCCCAGCUACCAAAGACCACAAGGAACCGAUCCCUACUGCCACCCAAAGGUGGCACUGAAACAACCAGCUUUGGUAUCUACAAUCAAAUCUUGAAAAACAUGACUGCAUUUCCAGCGAAUACUGUAGUUUCUGCCGUCUUGGUACACGUGAACUUGGAGGAUAAUUGCGUCUAUGUGGCAAAAUGGGGUACCAGUUCUAUGAGGAUUCAGCAGUUGCUUCAGAGACAACUGUCACUGCAGGAGUUGGAACAGCUGCCCGACUACGGAGACAUUUUUGCAGUUCACGACGGCACCGACAACAUUAUUAGUCGCAUCACCAUCAACUCCAGUUCUGUGGGCGGAGGAUAUGAUGCGUACCUUAUUGACUAUGGCGAGCACACUCACCUGGACGGCAACGAAACAAUAUACAAACUGCCGGACGACAUCGAACGGUUGCCGGCGGAGGCCAUUAGAUGCGAUUUAAUCAACUGUGAUAUCGGCAAUAUGAGUCGCUUUCUCUACCAGUUUAUUAAGAUUCGGGUGCAUCAAAACAAUGGCACUAUACUAGUGGUGGAACCGGUCAAUGACAGCAUAAGCAGACCUACAGAUACACCCAGCAGUAAAUUACCUGCUGGAAUAACCGAGGAGGACAUGGCCAUGCUCAACGAAAUCGGUGAGAGCACCAGUGAUCCUCUGAAGGCAGUUCUGGGCUUUCAUCCCAAGGACGAGCAACGCAUUUGCCGGCACUACGAUCCCAAGCUGAAUGGCUGCUUUAAGGGUAACAAUUGUCGUCUGGCUCACGAGCCCUUUGCUCCAGAUGGCGCAACCAAGGAUGUGGAGGUAGCUGGAGCUCUUCCAGAAACUACUUUUGAUACACCAGUGCCUCAUAAAGUGGGCAGCACUGCCAACAUCCUGAUCACCUUCAUUAAUGGCCCCACCGAGGUCUAUGCCCAGUUUUUGGACGGAUCUCCGCCGUUGGUGUGGGACAAGAAGGAUGUGCCAGAAGGCAAACGGAUCUUCAAGUCCAAGCCGCGUCUUCUGGACAUUGUACUUGCUCUCUACAGUGAUGGUUGCUUCUAUCGCGCCCAGAUAAUCGAUGAAUUCGAAACUGAGUACAAGAUAUUCUACGUGGAUUACGGCAACACAGAGUUCGUGCCCCUGACAUGCUUGGCUCCAUGUGAAUAUGUGGACAGCUUGAAGCCGCACCGCAGCGUUAGUUGUCACAUGGAGGGAGUUGUAAGGUCAACAUUUCUGUCACAGCAAAAGACAAUCGAAUGCAUCGAAUACCUUAAGAGUAAGCUACUAAACACGGAGAUGAAUGUAUUGCUGGUAGGGCGCCUACCGGAUGGUUUCCUGAUUCGGUUCCUGGGCGAGUGGGCGAAUGUGCCGCAACAGCUGCUCAAACGUGACUACGCUCAGCUCAGCACUGCAACUCGGCGUGUCUCCAUCGAUAAUGUUAAAGAUUCAUUAACAUAACAAUGGUUAAUUUAAAUGCCAUUAGUAAGGAAUUCGAAUCUUAUUCUUUUGUUAAAAUUUAUAACGACUGCAUAAGCAUCGCUUAUAAACUUUCAUUUUUAAAAACACUCAUUUUUUGUUGAACAUCUAUCUGAAUCGAUAUUUUAGUUUACCAACAAUAGUAGUUCUUAAGCUAUUUGUAAGCUUUUCAUUUCUGACCGUGUAAUCAUUUGACCACCCACAUUAACAUGACAUUGUUUAUAUAUCUUAAGAAGGACUCUUACUGAUUUUGAAUUAGCACUACUUCGCAGCGAACCAAAUAAACUGGCUAUGUUCCAACAUGUUAUCCA